AUGGGUUGUUCUUUUAGUUCCCCCAGCUCCAAGUCCAGCUCUGCUCACCCUGCUCCCAAACCGGAGUCCAAGAGCAGGAGCACAACCAACAUCGACAACAUGUCUCUUCCCAAGGAUUUCCUUUGGGGCUUCGCGACAGCGUCAUACCAGAUAGAGGGUGCUAUCGAGAAGGAUGGUCGUGGGCCGUCCAUUUGGGACACAUUUACUGCAAUUCCGGGCAAGAUCGCAGACGGCAGCUCGGGCGUGACGGCAUGCGACUCAUACAACAGGACCAAGGAGGACAUUGACCUGCUCAAGUCUGUUGGUGCCCAAUCGUACCGGUUCUCAAUCUCGUGGUCGAGAAUUAUCCCCAUUGGUGGCCGUAAUGACCCCAUCAACCAGAAGGGCAUAGACCACUACGUCAAGUUCGUCGACGACCUGCUCGAGGCCGGAAUCACGCCCCUCAUCACCCUCUUCCACUGGGAUCUGCCGGAUGGAUUGGACAAGCGGUACGGUGGGCUGCUGAACAGGGAAGAGUUCCCCUUGGACUUUGAACACUAUGCACGCACCAUGUUCAAGGCCAUUCCCAAGUGCAAACACUGGAUCACCUUCAACGAGCCAUGGUGCUCGUCCAUCCUCGCCUACAGUGUUGGCCAGUUUGCGCCAGGCCGCUGCUCCGACCGCAGCAAGUCCCCCGUCGGCGACAGCUCUCGGGAGCCCUGGAUUGUAGGCCACAACCUUCUGGUGGCCCAUGGUCGUGCUGUCAAGGUGUACCGGGAAGAGUUUAAGCCGCAGGACAAGGGUGAGAUUGGUAUCACGCUGAACGGUGAUGCCACUUUCCCCUGGGAUCCCGAAGACCCCAGGGACGUCGACGCAGCCAACCGCAAGAUCGAGUUCGCCAUCUCGUGGUUUGCCGACCCCAUCUACUUUGGCGAGUACCCAGUCUCGAUGCGCAAGCAGCUGGGCGACCGUCUGCCCACCUUCACGGACGAGGAGAAGGCUUUGGUCAAGGGCUCAAACGACUUUUAUGGCAUGAACUGCUAUACGGCCAACUACAUCAGGCACAAGGAAGGGGAGCCGUCCGAGGACGAUUACCUUGGAAACCUUGAGCAGCUGUUCUACAACAAGGCUGGCGAAUGCAUCGGCCCGGAGACACAGUCGCCAUGGCUUCGGCCAAACGCACAAGGUUUCCGAGAGCUGCUCGUCUGGCUCAGCAAGCGAUACAAUUACCCCAAGAUCUUGGUUACGGAGAAUGGCACAUCGGUCAAGGGCGAGAACGAUAUGCCGCUUGAACAGAUUCUCGAGGAUGACUUCCGGGUUCAGUACUACAACGAUUAUGUAAAGGCCUUGGCCAAGGCUUAUACCGAGGACGGCGUAAAUGUCCGGGGUUACUCAGCUUGGUCGUUGAUGGACAACUUUGAGUGGGCCGAGGGCUACGAGACCAGGUUUGGCGUCACCUUUGUCGAUUACGAGAACGGCCAAAAACGUUACCCCAAGAAGAGUGCCAAGGCAAUGAAGCCGCUGUUUGACAGCCUCAUCGAAAAAGACUAG